GAACCUUCACAACUUAUGACAGAAAAUACACGUUCUGAUCUUUAUGCUGCACUCCCUGUUCUCAGUCAAGGAAAGAAAUGGGUCUUACUAUACAGUACAUGGAGGCAUGGCAUAUCUCUUUCAACCUUAUAUAGAAGAAGCAAUCUUUGCCCUGGGUUAAGUCUACUGGUUGUUGGAGAUCGUAAAGGUGCAGUGUUUGGUGUUUUAGUUGAGGCACCUUUGAAACCAUCAACAAAGAAAAGAUACCAGGGAUCGAAUGAUACAUUUGUGUUUACAAAUACACCAGGGCGUCCUGUUAUAUAUCGCCCCACAGGGGUGAAUCGGUAUUUUACUCUUUGUUCAACUGAGUAUUUAGCGCUUGGUGGGGGAAAUCAUUUUGCAUUGUAUCUUGAUAGUGACUUAUUGAAUGGGUCAAGUUUGGCCUCAGAAACUUAUGGUAACUCUUGUUUGUCACACACCCAAGAAUUUGAAGUGAAGGAAAUUGAGCUGUGGGGGUUUGUAUAUGCUUCAGAGUAUGAAGAGGCGAUAUCAAUGUUGAGGACAGAAGCACCUGGGAUAUGUCGAUGGUUUAUACUGCCCCUGAUUCUGCCUGGUAUAAAAUGCCUAAGUCUACAAGGUGAGCUUUGUGGUUGGACAUGCUUUUACAUUGGUGUGGCUGCUGUUGCUUUUGGAUGCUCUUAUUAUCACCUCAAACCAAAUGAUGGUCACCUUUUUUGGGAUCGUUUGCCUGUAAGUUAUAUCAUUCCUCAUAUUUAACAAAUUUCAAUAUAUAAAUGAUUAAAUUCUCAUGUUUUCUAUACUUUUUUACUAAUUUACAAUCACAGGGACAACAGAUGCAAAUGAGGAAUCUUCACGAUCACAUGCCAUUCUUCGUUCAUAAAUCUUGCAGGAAAUGAAAGAGGUGCAGAUACAACUGAUAAUGAUAAGAAAACAAGGCUUGGCCUGUGCGUACUCCAAGGCCUGUUGCUUUCAAGCUUGUUGCUGAUACCCCUCUUCUUACUGGACAGCAAACAAUCUUUCUUUUCUUUCUAGACAUGAUUAAAGGCAUGUUUUUGGCUGUAGUUAUUGGACCACCUGUUGUGGUUGCCAUCAUUUUAAUAGUACAGUAAGGAGAGCAUUCUAAACAUUCUGGAAACUUUAAAAGAAGAGGGAAAUAGGGUCUUGUUCAAUGCUUUAGCUGUGUUUGCUCUAAGGGAGAUUAACUUAUCACAAGUAAGUUACUGUUUCACCCUUUUAUUUAAUAUUUUUGUGAUUGAAUGAAAGUCUUAAUGAAAGUAAUUGACAACCUUUCUCUGUAAAUGAUGUUGUGAUUGUGGGAGAGGUGUUGUGUUUUUCUCUGUUGCUAGGUAACCUUCUCAACAACAACAUUCUACUUAAGCACGUGAGUAAUCAAGAUUAAGGGAGACUUGUAAUCAUGUUUGACAUUCCUUUCCAGUAAGAAAAAGAGUUGUAUGAUUAUUUGUUAGUUUUAUAGGAAUGUAUAACCCAUGUUAGCAAUGUUUUAUUUUUGUUUAACAUUUGAAUGAUUCUUUGUAUGACAUUACAAUUUGUGUAAUUUAUUUUA